GAACAGUACCUCCAGGAGGGAUCGGCCAAUUCAUCAGCAAGGAGAGGGGAAGCACAACCACGGUGGUUCACCAUAUCACCAUCUCCAUCGGUAUGGCCACUGCCAUCGUCCCGGCUACCGGUAGUCGCUCCAGCUCAACAGCAACCACGCUGGCAUUGCUUGGCAGCAGGUGGCCUGAAAGGCCAUCCAUAGCAGUAACCUCAUUAAUCUUAGGACUGCUUGUACUGGCGCAGCGCUGCGGAUGUUCAGCGGUGGAGACUAAGGGACAGCCGUGCAAUCUAGGUCUUCCUUCCCGCCGUUGUGUCAAACUUGUAGAACAAAAAGCGGGAGAAGAACCCUCUUUGGGGAGAGCGCUGAAGACUAGUGCCUCAGCGUCAAAGAGCAGUAAUUACCCGCCUAGCGAGAGCAGAAUCUCCCCGCCGCCUAAGACCAGUGCCUCAGCGUCAAAGAGCAGUAGUUACCCGCCUAGCGAGAGCAGAAUCUCCCCGCCGCCUGGGACAAGCGUAGCCUCCCCUAUCGCUAGUAGUAUUGCCUCACCCUCUCUCUUCCCUCCUACUGGUAGCAGUGCUCCCGCUCAACCGCCAGAAUGCGAGAUCUUGCUAGACCGAUCUCUUUUAAUUGCCUGUCGAACCGUCCUACGUCACUCGAUGAUUUCGCUGCCUGGUUUGUUGGCAGCCUUUCCCGCCAAGCCGCGGUGCGUUACUGCUAUCGGCAAUAUCCGUUUCGCGCCAGACGGUCUGAUAUUCUAUUACGUUGUGGAGAGCUAUUACGAGUUAGGAGGGAAGAGGAGUGGGGAGUCGGCGAUGUUCAUGAAGGGGAACCUGUCUGGAGUGCGGCAGGGCGUUGAGCAGCUUGCCAGCCAGACGUUGAUCAGCCAUAGCUGGGUGCCGUCCAUGCCGGACGGUCCGCCGCCGUCCGAUCCGCUUAUUUAUGGAGAUGGUAUUCCAACGCCGUCAGUGGUCUACGUCGAUGGCAUCGAGCUGUCUAAGCAGGGAACACACCUCCUGCUGAGCGCGUACACUGUCAGGGGGAACGCAUCGUGGAUAACCUCUCUGGAUGUCGCGAAUGGCUUCCGGACCUCGAUUCGGGUUCCCGCCGAUACAGCGCGCGGAUUGGCCUUCGAUCAGAACAAAACGUGCUUGUACAUCGGUGACAAAUCGGGGCUCGUUCCACGGAUCUUGUCGGCAAAAGUGGACGGCCCAGAUCGCCCUACGACCGCUGAGCUGGCGGCGGCGGUGGCGGUGGCGUUGGCGCCCUGGAACUCAUCGGCAGCCCCGAGGGUUGUCAAUCCUCCGUUCUUCGGUUCGCGCAGCUUUAGCAAGGAUGGCAGCAGCUGCCUGUACUUCAUCGACAGAGAGGAGGGCAGAGUUUGGGGAUUCGAGCCCGCGUCUCGACGACUGCGCGGGAUUACCAGGAAGGAAGCCGGGGUAAGCGACCUUACCGACUGCGCCCUUCUCGCGCUGUUCCGCGAUGGCAGCCUCGGCGAAGUCGCGACCACGUCGGACGGCGUGAACGUCUUCGUCACCGAUGCCUCUGGCAUACUGUGGUGGAUUACUCUCGAUGCCCCUUGCGGAUGUGCGCGGGAAAUGGAAGUCGCCGCCAGAUUCGAAGGCGGGGGUUUCCGCGGCCUGGCGAUCAGCGAGGACGACCAGCUCCUCUACGUGGGGACCACCAGCGGGCUGAUGCUCGAGAUCUCUGUCAACACAUCCAGCCUCAGCAGAAAGGUAGCCACGCCUCCUCCUUCUUCACCUCCAGAAUCCCAACCCACGAUCUGCAAGGAGGGGGGUUCAAAUCCCUCUUCUGCAGUCGUUAGUUCUUUUCCCACCCCCCCCCUCGAAUCUUCCGAAGAGAGCAGGCGACGGGGGAACGCCUCCACCGCCGCCGCCGCCGCCGUCGUCAUUCCCGUUCUCGGUUCUGUCAUCCUCCUCACUUGCUUUGGCGCUAUCUUUAUGGUAAUCCGUGCCCGAUCUCGCAAACCCAAUCUGUGUAUCGUUAGUGGUAGAAAUCUGUGUAGCAUUAGUCGUAAAUAUGCUUUGAUAGAGCCCAACCCGCACACGGCGAGGAGGUUCUCGUUCCAGUCGCUGUCGCAAUGGACGCGCGAUUUUUCCAGUCCGUUGGGAGAGGAGGGUGCUUUCGGGCGCGUGUACUGGGGGGAACUGGAGGAGAAACGAGGCAGCGGAAAGGUGAAGAAACAGCAAAUUGCGGUGAAGGUCAUGGAGGGGAGUCUGACGCCAGGAAUGUGGCAGCAAUUCAUUACGGAGGUUGACACGUUGACCCGGGUACAUCACGCCAACCUGUGCGAGCUGAUCGGCUACUGCGAGGACGGAAAGCGACCGAUACUAGUGUACCCUUACAAGUCGGGCGGCAGUCUGCACGCCCGCUUGCACCAGCGGCCGGCCGGUCGGCAGCGGCAUACCUCCCUCUCUUCUUCCUCCAACCUCUCCUCUUCCACUCCCAAUCAGAGUUGUCCGACCGGUUGCUCGCUGCCGGGGGUAUCCCCCGAGGAGGAGACAUCUCCUGGUCAGUCCUUGCGGCCGUUGACUCUGAAGGAGCGCAUCCUUGUAGCGUCACACGUGGGGAACGCAGUAAGAUACCUCCACAAAGAAGUGGACCCUCCGAUCUUUCAUUGCGACAUCAAGAGUCUAAACGUGCUGCUGAACGACGGCGUUGGGGAGGCGCUACGUGCCUUUCUCGCCGACUUUGGAAUGGCCAAGAUCGGCGAAACCGUUACCGAAAACGCUAAUGGAGAAGCUAACGGCGGGUUUGCGUCGACGCUGCGGGGAACGGUGGGAUACCUCGCACCGGAGUGCCUGUCGGGAGGAGAAGUGACAGAGAAGACAGACGUGUACUCGUUCGGUGUGCUCUUGCUGGAAAUCCUCACUGGGCGAAAUGCAAUUGAAAACGAUCCGCUGACGAACAGGUGGAAGAACAUCGUGCACUGGGCCAAGGCAUGCUUCGAUCGCCCGAGCUUUGAGACAAUCGAGCGCUUUCUUGAUCCUUCCUUGGAGGACGAGAUGGCCAAGGACACGUCGUUGCGGUCAGUGGCCGUUGACGCGUUCACACUGGCAUCACAAUGCGUUGAACUUGACCCAGAUGAGAGACCAGAGAUGGGUGACGUGGCACAGCGGAUCGACCGGAUACUCAGUACGGCGGCGAUGGGGGAACGGUGGAGGGAAAGACGGUCGCGAUCGAGAGUCCCGAUCCAAGUACCAGAAGCGGAAUCAGAGAGAGAAGUGGAAAAAAAGGUUAUUAGUGUGAGGAUGCCCUUAGCGUAACGGGCACCCGUCCUCGUCGGCGAAGGCGGGAAAUAAAAACAACCACCUGGG